UAAGCAAUGAGAAGCAACUCUUCGAGAGACUGGAACUAUCGAAAGACGAAUUGAUUGAAAUGUUUUCGUAUAACAAAUUCAAAGUCAGGAUUUUGAAGGAGAAGAUCAAAGAGGAGAGAACCACUGUCUACCGGUGCGGUACUCUUAUCGAUCUCUGUCGGGGACCACAUGUCAGACAUACCGGAAAUGUCAAGGCUUUCAAAGUGACCAAAUCGUCGUCAUCGUAUUGGGAGGGAAAGGCAGACCAGGAGUCGUUGCAAAGAGUUUACGGCAUAUCAUUCCCGGAUCCGAAACAAUUGCGCGAAUGGCAGCGAAUCCAAGAGGAGGCGGCUAAACGUGAUCACAGGAAGUUGGGUCGAGAACAGGGACUCUUCUUCUUCAACGAACUGAGUCCCGGCUCCUGUUUCUUCACUCCCAGAGGGGCUCACAUUUACAACACUCUUAUGGACUUCAUUCGGAGCGAAUACCGAAAGCGCGGCUUUCAAGAAGUGAUUUCUCCGAAUAUAUAUAAUUUCAAGUUAUGGCAAAUCUCAGGACACGGCGACCACUACGCGGACAAUAUGUUUCUGUUCGAUGUGGACAAAGAGAAGUUCGGACUCAAGCCGAUGAACUGUCCCGGACAUUGUCUUAUAUUCGACUCCGAUGUCAGGUCGUGGCGGGAAUUGCCACUCCGAUUGGCUGACUUCGGUGUUCUGCACCGAAAUGAAUUGUCCGGCGCUUUGACUGGACUGACACGUGUGCGACGCUUCCAACAGGACGACGCGCACAUCUUCUGCACCAAUGAACACAUAUCUGAAGAAAUCAAAGGCGCGCUCGACUUUCUUCAAAAGGUUUACUCUGUAUUCGGCUUUACGUUCGACUUAGUGCUGUCGACACGUCCCGAGAAAUUCUUGGGUGAGAUCGAGGUGUGGAACAACGCCGAGGAGGCGUUGGCGAAGGCAAUGGAUUCCGUGGGUCUCAAGUAUAAG